GCAGUGGUUGUCAACUCGUGCACCAAAACGAAAGUGCCAAAGUGCCAGUGUUGUGUGGGACCGUAUAGAACAAAAAAAAACAAAUUCAAAAAUGAAGAACGCGAUCCUGUUAGUAGUUCUCCUUUUUGGAAUCGCAACCGGUGAAGUUGACAACGACAGCACAUACUCAGAAGAAUCGCUGAAGCGGGGUUUAAGCAACAAAUGCGCAUCCCGGGAGACGUCCUCAUGUAUUGCCAUCGAGCUGGUCGGCUACGUAGACCGCAUGCUGAGGACCGCAUCCGUGCAGCUCAGCGAUGACGUCAUGAUCGUCGACGAGAGCAACGGUGCAGCUGCCGAGAUACCCGUGAAGCCAGAGAGUCUCGCCAGAUCUGGUACAUCACUCGAAGACCAGGCCCAGCAGGUGAUCCAAGAGAAGCUGUGGAAUUUCGCCACCACCAGAUCGUUGAGAUACAGGCUCCUGGAAAACGCUGAUCUGGUCAUCUCUGGCAAGCAGGAAAAAGACGGCAGUCUUGGCGUUGGUGUGUCUCUUAAAGCGCCCAGAGCGGUCGAAAGCGGCCGAGGGCGCCAGAAGAAUGUGGGCCCAAUCCUUGCGGCUGCGGCCAUGAAGUUUGGGCUUCUGGGGGCCCUAACAUUCAAGGGCCUCACUUUGAUGGUGGGGAAGGCCCUGCUGAUUUCCAAGAUCGCUCUCUUACUGGCCACGAUCAUCGGAUUGAAGAAGCUAUUCUCCCACCAGGUGAAAGAUCGCUGA